GGGACAUGAGCCCUCUCGACUCACAGGCAUGUGCGGGCAGACCUGGUAGGGCCGAUUCUGGGCCAUGGACAUUGCUUUGAAGAGAGGAGGCUGGAUACCUUCUGUGGGUGCUCAGACCCCGCAGUAAGGGCUGAGAGACCGAGGGCUGUGGCCAGCCUUGAGUUGCUCGUGCAUCCUCGGACACCCUAACAAGGGUCCUCAGUUCUGGGCAGGACUCUCCUCAGCAUUCUCUACCACUGGCCCAGACAUGGCACUCAAAGGGCGAGCCCUCUAUGACUUCCGCAGCGAGAACAAGGAGGAGAUCAGCAUCUGGCAGGACGAGGACUUGGUCAUCUUCAGUGAGACCUCGCUGGAUGGCUGGCUGCAGGGCCAGAACAGCCGUGGGGAGACCGGGCUCUUCCCUGCCUCUUACGUGGAGAUCCUCCGUUCUGACACCGGCUCCAACCAUGCCGACUACUUCAGCAGCCCCGCAGGCUCUCUGGGCACCCAGGUUAGCUUGUAUGACAGCUCCAACACUUCCAGGAGUGGCGGCGGCAGUGGCUUUCUGUCAAACCAGGGUAGUUUCGAGGAGGACGAUGACGAUGACUGGGAUGACUGGGAUGAUGGAUGUACGGUGGUGGAGGAGCCACGGGCCGGUGGGCUGGGCACCAACGGGCAUCCUCCGCUCAACCUCUCCUACCCUGGUGCCUACCCCAGCCAACACAUGGCCUUCCGGCCCAAGCCACCCCUGGAGCGGCAGGACAGCCUGGCAUCUGCCAAGCGAGGCAGCGUGGUGGGGCGCAACCUCAACCGCUUCUCGUGCUUCGUGCGCUCUGGCGUGGAGGCCUUCAUCCUGGGUGACGUGCCCAUGAUGGCCAAGAUCGCUGAGACAUACUCCAUUGAGAUGGGCCCUCAUGGCCCCCAGUGGAAGGCCAACCCCCAUCCAUUUUCGUGCUCCGUGGAGGACCCCACCAAACAGACCAAAUUCAAGGGCAUCAAAAGCUACAUCUCCUACAAGCUCACACCCACCCACGCCAGCUCACCUGUCUACCGGCGCUACAAACACUUCGACUGGCUCUACAACCGCCUGCUGCACAAAUUCACUGUCAUCUCGGUGCCCCAUCUCCCGGAGAAGCAGGCCACAGGUCGCUUUGAGGAGGACUUUAUUGAGAAGCGAAAGCGGCGGCUCAUCCUCUGGAUGGACCACAUGACCAGCCACCCUGUGCUGUCCCAGUACGAGGGUUUCCAGCAUUUCCUCAGCUGCCUGGAUGACAAGCAGUGGAAGAUGGGCAAGCGCCGGGCCGAGAAGGAUGAGAUGGUGGGUGCCAGCUUCCUGCUCACCUUCCAGAUCCCCACAGAGCACCAGGACCUGCAGGACGUGGAGGACCGCGUAGACACCUUCAAAGCCUUCAGCAAGAAGAUGGACGACAGUGUCCUGCAGCUCAGCACGGUGGCUUCGGAGCUGGUGCGCAAGCAUGUGGGGGGCUUCCGCAAGGAAUUCCAGAAGCUGGGCAAUGCCUUCCAGGCCAUCAGCCAUGCCUUCCAGAUGGACCCCCCCUUCAGCUCUGAGGCCCUCAACAGCGCCAUCUCUCACACGGGCCGAACCUAUGAAAUGGUUGGUGAAAUGUUCGCCGAGCAGCCCAAGAAUGACCUCUUCCGGAUGCUCGACACACUGUCUCUCUACCAGGGCUUGCUCUCCAACUUCCCCGACAUCAUCCACCUGCAGAAAGGCGCCUUCGCCAAGGUGAAGGAGAGCCAGCGCAUGAGUGACGAGGGCCGCAUGGCGCAGGAGGAGGCUGACGGCAUUCGCCGGCGCUGCCGCGUGGUGGGCUUUGCCCUGCAGGCCGAGAUGAACCACUUCCACCAGCGCCGCGAGCUCGACUUCAAGCACAUGAUGCAAAACUACCUGCGCCAGCAGAUCCUGUUCUACCAGCGGGUCGGCCAGCAGCUGGAGAAGACGCUGCGCAUGUAUGACAGCCUCUGACCGCGUGGCCCAGGCCCUCGCCCUGCCCCCGGGGCCUUCCCACACCAGCAGUGCCUGGAGGGCGGGGAGUUGGGGGUGGCCUUUGGAGGAGUCAUGAAUAUCCCUGGGAAAGUCCCUCACCCCUUAGAGCUAGGGGCACAGCAGGGAUGAGAGCUGGGCCAGGAGCCCUCCAGGCCCAGGCCUGGGCUGCUGGUCAGUCACUUGAGGCCAGGCCAGCGUCUUAGCUUCCCCUGGAGCCUAUAGCACAUGCUCACCUGGCCACUUCCCCCUCAUUUGUUCAGUAGACACGCGGGCCUGCUGCGGUCAGACACUGGGCAUCCAGGGCUGCGACACGCCUGCUCUUGUCCCCAGUUGAGGUAGGGGUCAGACACAGAAACAGGCGGGGGCAAUACAGAAUGAUCGAUGGUAAGGAAUGGGCUUCUGGAAGCUUGCCGAAGGGACCACUUGUUCUGCCGUUCAGGGAUAACUCCAUGGAGCAGGUGACAUGUGAGCAGUAUGUCUUGAAAGAUGACAAGGACCUGCCAGGCAGUGAGUGGGGACAGUGGACGGGGAAGGCAUUCAGAGGAGAACAGCCUGGACAAGCUGUGGAGGCCUAGAAACACCUCUUCUCCUCUCCUUUGUCUUUCCCCAGCAAGUUUGGGCACCUUGGUGUGUCCCCUUGUGUGACAGAGGGUGGGGAUCUGCCUGGCUCCCAUGCCCCUGUCCCUGCCCCGCUCCUCCCCACCCCACAGGAGGGGCUGCAGGCCAACUCCCUCCCGACUCCCCCUUCACCAGCUGAGCCCCGUCACCCCCUGGCUAGGGUACCACCUUUGCCCUGGGCUCAAGGUGCUGAGACAAGCCACAGACCCCAGGAUUUUGGUGGUACCUGCCUGGAGGGGACAUCCGCAGGUUACUGGGUAUUUGAGUUCACCAGCCAUAGCUGUCACACUCCUGGCAGGCUUGGACCUCCAGCUCCCAGGGGCCAGCUUACCUGUCACCCCAGGGAUCCCAGGCCCACCUGCCCAUCACCAGGCUCACUGUGAUGCCAUCCAGGUCCUGGUGGGAUUGUGCUGUCUCCCACUCACGUUUACAUCCUCAAGGGGGCUCUUCCCACACCCCCAGGUCGGAGUAUGGUCAGAAACUGACAGAUGCCACUGCUGGCCUUCCCAGGAGGUCAUGGCUAUUUCUGGCUGCUGCUGCUUCAAUCUUCAUUCUUCCUUGUUUUCUUGAUAAACCUUUUCCAAUUAAGAUAACAAAAGUAUGACUCCUUAUUUGGAUCCCGGGGUGGGGGAUGAGGGUGGAGGGAAGGGUGGAGCCCUGGUUGUCCCUGGGAGCAGCUGGACCAGAUUCUGAGGUCGUGAUGGGCACAGCAUUCACUCCAGAACCUCAAAAGUUGGUGGGGGGAGGGCCGUGCUGGUGGUCGGGGCUAGCUGGGGACCUCUGGGUGGCCAUGGACCCCAGCUCAAUGCAGACCCUUCCGAGACCUCACUCUCGUCUUUUCUCAAACAGGUGGAGUCCUGCCAGGGGUUUGGCUCUGCUGCUCCGUGAUCCAGGACUGAGGGUCGCAUGAGGAAGGGACAGUCUAGACAGGGGGUUCGUCUCUCCAGGAGAGCAUAUCCCAGCCUUGCCCCCAGGAAAGCCCAGUCCAGGAGAGGGGGUGGGUGUGUCCUUCCCCGGGCCGUCCAGUCCAGGGUGCCUAGCCCUGCACUGGCUUCCUGGUUGGAAACUGAGGUGGACCCCCAAGCUGUUCCCUUGGGUAUGUCCUAGGCAGGAUGGACAGGAAUCUGUUUCAACAUAGGAAAGAGGAGGGCUGGGGGGCUGAGGUUCUCUUGGGGGCAGUGGAGACUGGGUGGAGGGAGAGCGGCUGGGGUCCAGGCAUCAGGGGAGGCUUUGGCUGGGCUGGGGGCUGUGGGAGCUCACGGCCGUGACAUGGAAUAAGGGGUGGCAGGUACAGCGGGUAGAGGCAGCAGAGGCUCCCUGAUUGGGGCAGAGCGUCCUCAGAGGAACUUCUGGAAUGGGCCCCUGGCCCUGGGUCAAAAUUAGGUCAGAUUUGGGACUUUCUGUGGAAUUUUCCCCUCUCUCCUCCCUGCCCUCCUUCCUUCAUUUUCCAGUCCAUCUGAGGACCUUCCCACCCUUAACCUCUUCUCAGCUUCAACCUCUAGGCAGCCUUCUGCAGUGAGCUCUCUGACCAUGGGGAGAGGUGGGGGUGAGGGAGUGGGCUUCCCAGGGCUCAUCUGUGUUGAGUGAUGGGAAUGCUCUUAACACCAGUGCCUGGAGAGUCCCCUUGUUCAUGCUUCCUGCCCUGGGAAUAGCGUCGCCUCUUGUGUAUCUUAAGAGGGGUGGCUACCUCCCACACCUUCCGUCCUCAGGGUGAGGGGGCUUAGUCUGACACGUUUCUCAGGAGGGGCUGUACGUAGGAAAAGUAUCGAGAUGUGAGCUAAAGGAAGGGAGGGACGGGCCAAGCCUCUGAGGUCUCUAGGCUGAGACGGACGUCUGUGUGGUGGAAGCAGGGAUGUCACAGCCCUUCUCUCUGUGUGGGUUGGGGUGCUGGGGGAAUUUGAGAUUGAUUUGGGCUGGCCAGCCUCUUUCAGCAAGGGCCGGGGGACCAGUGUGCGUGGGGGGCCAGUCUGGUAGUGGCUGGGCCUACUGGCUGGCCUCAGUCACAUGCCGGGCAGAUGUUCCAGACUGAGCUGGACCCAGCUGCCUCCAGUUUCCUCCCUUGGGAGGAGGGUGGAAAACAAGGCCUCUCUUUCUGCCCUGGGCAGCUACCGGGACUUGGAGGUGGGGGGCAGGGACCCCGAGCCUGUCUUGGCCCAGCCCAGGGAAGGAGUCUGCUUUGUGGCCUCAUAUGGGGGUUGGAGAAUGGGGAUGGCUCUGUGAUCCUGUACCCAGGUCCAGGGGCUCACAGGUGCAUGGGCACACAGGUCACACCUGGCUCCACACACACACACAUGCAUGGUCACACGCUGACACACCUGCACUCCCAGCCACAGUGCAACAGUCACACAUUCCCAGCCAUGUCCACACUUGCCCACACCCACAUGCGUGCUGUCUGUCUCGGUCACUGUCACUCAUAGCCCCACCAAAGUCCUGUGCACGCCGGACUCAUCCAGUGGCACACACACUCAAGUCACGCACGGCCACAAAGUCACACAGGCACAUAGCGAAGGUGCACACACACAGAUGCUCUAGAGCCGGCCUGCACCACCUCCUGGGGGAACCCGUCCGGGUCCUUCAUCCUGACACCACCAAGUUCAAUUCCUCGUUGCACAGACGGGAAAACUGGCUAUAUCACCCAGUGGGGAUGGGGCAUGCUCUGGGGUCAGAGACCAGUUCCCAGUGGGCUCUGUGGCCUGGCCUUGGCCACCCCUGGGCAGUCCCUGGGGCCAGGCUGCCUCUGAAGGCCCCUGGCUGAACCCACUCAACAAAACUCCAGGCAUCUCACAUCUAAGAGCCAGGAUGUGGUGGGCAAGUCCCAGGCCUGGGCGGGAGGAACAUUCCUGCACCAUCUCCUCCCCAAGCCUGCAAGGACUGGGCCCGCCCUGCCCGCCCGCCCGCUGACUCAGGCCUCCAGGAGCCAAGCCGGCUUGGCUCCCUCACCCACCCCAACCCACCCCAACCUGCUUCCCCACCACUGUGGCUCUGCUCCCUCUCUCUGCUGCUUGGGGCAAGAGGAGAUGGUGAAGCCUUGGCAAAAAGACCAUGAGGAAGCAUAAAAAUUCACCUCCCCCAGAUAUAGCUCAGAAGGGCUGAUUGUGAAACCCCGCUCCGGGCUUUGGCAAAGCUUUUUCCCUUUGGUUUUGUUUGGUUAGUCAAACCCCAGUGCAGUCUAGUCUGUUUAAAAAGCAGUGUCUCACACAGUUGAGUCCUCCUUGGUCCACAUGGCAGCCCUGGUAGGCAGUUAUGUCAUUUCACAGACAAAGAGACUGAGGCUGGCCCGAGAGAGGAUGCGACCUGGCUAGGGUCACACAGUGGGUCAGGGGUGGGGAUAGACUUGAACCCAGCUCUCUGGUCUCAUUCCCUAAAGUCACCUUGAUUAACUCCAGAGGGGUUGGCAGAUCUUAGCUCCAAAGGUGUGAAAGAAUGGGAGGCUGGCAAACUAACUGCUGAAAUGUGCAGGGACUUUGAGGGUGGGGUGAGUCCCGCCAGCCCCCCAGGGGUGAAGAGGCUGAGGGCAGCAUUGCACAGCGAGGUCUGCAGUGACUCAGGGUCUCCAUUUACAAAUGAACAUGUGCGAGGAACAUCACUUCAUUUUUCUGUAAUGACCUGAAUUUCCCUUUUGCUUUCUCGUUAACCCACCCAAUAGAAAAGUAAUCUGAAAUCAAUCUUGGGACCCUCCUGGGACCCUCCUUUCCCCAGGGAGGCAUGUAAGUUUUGGGGCUGGCACAUUUGAAGACUUGAGGCAGACCCCUGGCACUUUGAAUUUUAGAAGCUGAAUCCCUGAUCCUAUCACUCGUAUGAAAUUUUGCCUGCAUUCCUCAUUAAAGGUCAUUCAUAUAUACCUA